AUGUCCGACGAAAGUUCCGAGAUGUCGUCCAGCGAAACUGUGGGCAGCACGCUUGCCACUGCCGACGCGCAAGCGCUUGUCCGUAGAGCGCAGCUUACCGGGCGUGUCACGACUACGGCUUCUGCUGGUGCCGUUUCCGCUGGCUCUGGUGCAGCGGAGCAACCGGAGGAGUCGGCCGAGCCAACUUCACAGGCAUUUCAGGAUUCAGAAGAAGUACAGGGUCAGGAGCCAAACACCCAAGCUCAGCAGCAUCCCAACCCGCAGCUCAACCCCAAUUAUCCUUUUGGUGCUGAUGAGCCCUCGGACUUUGUGGUAGGGGACCAAGAAUCAGAUAAGGCGACAGAGGAAGCAACUUCCUCAUCACAGGUUGAAUCGCAGGCAGGGGACGAGGGCCAAAGACAGAACUUUUCAAACCCGCACCUCAACCCUAACCAUCCAUUCGACGUUGACAAACCCUCAGACUUUGCGGCAGGGGAUCAAGCAUCUGAAGAAGCUACAGAGGUGGCCACAUCCCCGGAACCGCAAAAUCCAGCGCAAGAACAGGCCCAGGAUGGCGAAGAUGGGGAGCAGCCUCCGGUCCCUAACCCAGAAAACAUCGAGAAUGCUGAUGAAGUACUGGAAUUUGUAGUCGAGGAAGAGGCGCCGCCGACCCCGACGACGGUGGAGAUAGAACUAUCAGAGAGAUCCAAGAAUCAAAGUCAGGAGGGGGAUGGAAGUCAGAGGGGCGCUGGAGGUACCACUUUUUCUUCCUCUUCAGACUCAGACUCAGAUUCCGACGCCGAGAACAGCCAAAACUCUGAGCAGGGAUCCGACCAAGGCGCCAACCAGCCAGUACAGGAGCAAGAGAGGGAGUCCGGAAGUGAUCAGGAAACAGAGCAGUCGUUUGAGCAGGCGAGUGAGGAGGAUGAGAAAGAGAAGUCAGCCUCUGCGUCGGACGACAUAAAUCUUGUUGAAGACGAAGUCAACACGCCUACUACGGUUUCUACCGAGCUCUUGGUGUGGCGUGACGCAGAGUCGAAGCCAGAGCAAAGGCCAUACGGAAUUCAGCAAUAUCCAACAGCUCCAGAGGUUGGGCCCACUCCACCAACGCCCAGCACGGUCUCUUCAGAGCUCCUCGUCUUUUCCGAAGAGUCACAAUCAGAUCCAGCACAGGAAACUGGACCAACACCACCAACACCCAGCACGGUCUGUUCUGAACUCUUGGUAUUCUCUCAGGAGGCGCAAUCAUAUUCAGAACAGCACACCGACAAACAGUCAGAACAGGAAAUUGGACCAGCACCACCAACACCCAGCACGGUCUGUUCUGAACUUUUGGUAUUCUCUCAGGAUGCGCAAUCGUAUUCAGAACAGCACACUGAGCAGAAGUCGGAAGAGGAAUCCGGAACGGCACCACCCACUCCCAGCACGGUUUCUUCCGAGCUCUUGGUAUUCUCCGAGAAGGCGCAGCAAGAGGAUGGUCCAAUCAAGGAGAGAACGCAAGAGCAAGAGCAGGCACAGGAAGAAGAAGAGCAAGACGAAGAACCAACCCGAAGAGUGAAGCGCAAAUCCCGUGCCCGAUCCCCAUCUCCAGGGCCCCAACCGAAACGACGACAAACGGUCCAGCCCGGUAAGACCCAAAGACGUGGCACUGCCAUCAGAUUGCCCAAAAGAAAGGAGACCGAAAUCACAGUUGUUCCGAGCAAGAAACGAAAGACGAAUGAAGACAAGGGCAAGAGCAGAGGUGGAACAAGACCGAAGCCGAUGAAUAAUGCCCCAACCGAAGUGCUUGACGUUUAUGUCUGCGGCUUGAACACGGAAGGCCAACUCGGGCUCGGCCAUUCAAACGACAACGCCAUAGAGCCAACCUGCAAUCCUUACCUGACAAAGAAAAAGGCUGGCAUUGUUCAGGUUGCAGCAGGUGGUGCCCAUUGUGUGGCACUUACCCACGACAAUAAAAUCCUUACUUGGGGAGCAAACCAUGACGGGCAGCUAGGGCGGAGGACCCGCAAUUUGGAUGACGACGAAUACCCGUUAGCACAGUCAACCAGACCGAACAAGGAAGAAACCAUGCCUAGAGACGUCGAUUUCUCUGCGGCUGACCUUCCAGAUGAUACCGUAUUUACUCAGGUUGUGGCAACAGAUAGCGCAACAUUUGUCCUCACGGAAUUUGGAGACGUGUAUGGCUGGGGAACUUUUAGGGAUAACAAGAGCAAACUGAAGGAGAAAGCCCGAAUUGACUCGUACGAUUCUGAUUAUGAGGACAACAACGAUGACGGCGACCGCGAGCCAAUCAUUGGCUUCUUCCCGGAUAAUGACCUAUGCCAGCUCACGCCGAUCAAGAUUGAGGGACUCAAACAUAUCAGAUCUCUGGCUGCGGGAUCUCAGCACGUCUUAGCCCGUCACUUCAGAGGCUCCGUGUACGCCUGGGGUGCAGCUUCAAGGGACCAAUUAGGGCGAAAGCAGCUUAAGCGAGGUCGAUGUGCCCAUCCUCAUCUAUUUCCACGGGUGUGUAUCUUCCCAGGGAAUAACUGUCGGAGCGGGUUCUUCGGCAUCAGCGAGAUUGGCGCAGGCGGGCAUCACUCGUUUGCAAUCAAGAAGAGCGGCGAGGUGUAUUCCUGGGGGUGGAACAUGUAUGGACAAACUGGUGUUCCUGAAGAAGAGUCAAACCAGUCAGAGUCAUUCUUGGAACGGGAAGCAACAGUGUCUCAACCUACGCUCGUACCUGAGCUCCAAGGCGAAGAGGCUGUCUCUGUGACCGGAGGUAUGAAGCACAGCAUCGCGGUCACCAAGGAUAACCGGUGCCUGAGCUGGGGCGCCAUCCAGGGCAACGCUCUGGGGAUCCCCGACAGGGAUAUCGAUACCAACCAUGUGCAUAGCAGCGAGGACGGUUCCGUCGACGAAAUCCUUGAGGUGCCGGGCCUCGUCACUGGCAUCGACGGGAGAGUCACCUGUGCUGCAGCGGGAGCAACUCACUCGCUUGCAGUUUCGAGCAAGAGAAGGGCAUUCGGGUGGGGAUCAAAUGACGAGUAUGAGAUUGGACAGCAACACAAGAAGGAGGUUGACUCGGCUACUGUGAUUGAAGGUGGUGCACUGAAGGGCGCGAGAGUCGUUGCUGCAGUUGCAGGCGCACAGUUCACCAUUCUUCUUGCUGAGUAA